AUGCCCCCCUUGCUGUGGGAAGGUGGCGGGGCAGAGUCCUUCAACGUGGACGCGUUCGUGAAGAGCCUCACCACGCGAGCCCUCGGGCGUCGGGUGGAGUACCGCACGCGGGUGGCCAGCACGAUGGACGUCGGCGCGCAACUGCUGUCCGAAGGCGCGCCCCACGGCACGCUGGUCCUGGCCGAGGAGCAGGCCGCGCCGCAGGCCCGCAAGCAGGGACGCACCUGGAGCAGCACCCCCCGCGGCAACCUCUACGCGUCUGCGGUGGCGGUGGUGCGGGCGUGCGAGGACGCCGGGGUGCAGGAGGCGCGCGUCAAGUGGCCCAACGACGUGUGGAUCGGGCACAGGAAGGUGAGCGGCAUGAUCAUGCGCACCGAGAAGGAGCUCGACGUCGACUCGUGGAAGGCCCAGAUCGGCAUCGGCAUCAACGUCAACGAGGACAUGUCGGCCCACCCCGACCUGCGCGACGUGGCCGUGAGCGUGGGCCAGGCCCUGGGUGGGCUGUGGGGCUUCGAGCACGCGGGCUACCCGGCCGUGGUGCAGGCCAUCGCCGACGACUUCCGCCUCGUCGUCACCCGCGGCGGCGGCGGCGGCGACACCAUCAGCCUCUCGGCCGAGGAGGUGUCGGUCCGGCCUGUUCAUCCCUCUUCUUCUUCUUCGUCGUCAUCGUCGUCAGAGUGA